UAACGGCGUCGCCUUGAAUUUAGCUUGACGCUGGACUCUGUUGCAAAUUGCAGUGAAAAAUUAUAAAACAAGAAAAAUUUUUUGACAAACAAUUUUUCGCUGGAAUUAAGUGGAAAUUUAAAGAAAUUCUUUUAAAUAAUAAGCAAACCAAUGUUUUAAAAGUUAAUAACAUGAAAAACUUUGAAAAAUGAAAAAUAUUUAAGUGUUUAUCAAAUUAUUAACAUACACCCUAACUAAAGUGCAGCAAAGUUGCUUGUAGACAAAAAAAAAGUACUACAACAAAUUUUUUUCAUCUAACAUCAGAUUAAACUAGAAAUAAAAUCUUUCUAAAAGAUAGACCAGGAAAAUGGCACAACGCAAUUCCUCACGUAUAGAUCGUUUUGCUCAGAUGAGUAAACAGGAAGAAAUUAUUGCCAAAAAACGGCAGGAAAUCUUGGAAAAACAACGUACAGCCGAGCUGGCCAAGGCAGUGGCAGCGGCACAAUCUUUAGCGGCCAAACUUAAAGGUGUUAGUACUGAGUCGUCUUCUGUUGCUAACACUGAUAAAGCUCCAAAUGAUGAGGCGGUUGAGGUAAAGGCCGACGAAGAUGAAGAGAAAAAAUUAGAUUCGUCAGAGUCUGCUGCUGCGAUAAGCUCUACUAAAUCCAGUUUGUCUAGUUUAACCGGCAAGACAGGUAAAAUGUAUGGUAGUGGCCUAAAACGUUCAACAGUUACGGCACCUUCGGCCGAACAGCCGCCAGUCAAGAUCCAGAAUACUUUCUGUAAUGAUGGCUCAUUUUUAGAGAACUUUAAGAAGAUUUUGGAAAAACAACAACCUAAACCGCCAGUGGUGGUGCCAGUUCCUGAAACUGCUACCACAACUGAAGAAGAAACUCCAAGCACUAGCAGUGCUACCAAUACUAAUGCCACUAUGGAACAAACUGCAAGUUCUAAUCAAACUACAGAUGGCAUAAUGGCUGCCCAACAACAAGAACUACAUCUUCAACAACAACAGCAGCAGCAGCAGCAACAACAACAACAACAGCUGCAAUUACAACAACAGCAUCAACAUCAGCAACGUCAUCAGCAUCAGCUUCAACACCAUCAUCAGUCCACCUUACCGCCUCCACCACCCACACCACCAUCUUUACCUUUCUCAUUUAAUCCAGCACUAAUGGCAGCACAAAAUUUAAUGUUACAACAAUCUAUGCAGGGCCCCAAUCAUACACAAGCUGCCACAAUGCCACCACAUACAGCAGCGGCAUUCUUUACAGCAGCACCCCAAUUUGUGCCACCUCCGCCACCGCCUACAACUGUAGCAGCGGCAGCAGCUGCGGCGGCUGCUAUGCUAAUGCCCAUGCAGGCAGUACAAGUGGCACCACCACCACCGCCUCCACCACCACAAUUGCCCAUAGCCCUGGCAAAUUUGACACCACUUUAUAUGAUACCAGCUCCAGAGCCAAUGCAGUUAAAUGCCAUACCACAGCCAAAAGAAUUUGAUUUGAAUGCCAUACCAAAGCCGCAAUUAAAUUUAGAAGCAAUACAAAUACCAGUCCAAAAUAUACAACAACAACAGCAGCCAACACCACCACUACAACAACAACAACAGGAACAAAUUGCAAAUGAACAAUUAGAAGAACAGCAGCAGGAAUUAAAAACAUCAGCUUUAAUACAACAAAAUUUUGAGCAACAAACAACAGAAAAUGCACAACAACAAACUGAAUUAGAUCAACAGCAACAACAAACACCUCCACAGGCUAAUAAUUAUCAAGAGCUAGAUACACCACAGCAACAACAAACAGAUGAAGUAGUUUUUUCAGACAACAAUCCUGUCGACAAUACUAAUUGCAUACAAAUACCAACAUCUAUAGAAAAUCUUAUCGAUUUGGUUGCCGACAAUGGUGAUGCUUACGAAGAAACUUUACGCGGCUAUAAAAAUCAAUUACAUCCAGCAUUGUGGUUUCUCUCUGAUAAAACCUCUGAACAAUAUCAUCACUAUAGACAACAAAUAAUCGAUCGACGUCAGGAGAAACUUAAGGAGCAGCAACAAAAGGAAAAAGAAGAACUAGAAAAAGAAAAGAAAACCAAUCCCUCCGGCUAUAAGCAAAGACGUUUAUACUGUUCCAUAGAGGAAGAUAAAUAUGAUCCGGAAUCGGUUAUAAGUGCAGAUAAUGAUUCGGAUGAUGAGUAUCGUCGCGGUAUGAUGGAUCGUAAUAGGGAUAAUAUUAAGAGACGUAUAGAGUGUCGUAAUGAAUUGAGCGAGGAGGAAAGACAGGAACGAGAAGCCGAGGAACAGGAGGAAUUGAGACGCAUGGAAAAGAAAAAGUUGCGCAAAUCACGUUGGGGCGGUAAAAUUGAAAUGCCUGAGAGUUCUUCGUCGUCAAUUUUAUUUGGCCAAGGUGUCCCUUCCAGUUUUGCUAACCAAAAUAAACCCUUGCUAACAACAGUAACACGCAGUGAUCCUGCUCUCUUGAGUUAUGCCAAAUUAAACUAUGGUUCCACUAAUCUUUCCGAAGAAGAUUGGAAGAAAUGUGAAGAACAUUAUAAAGUGAAUCUUUUGUAUCAGGACAUGAUGCGCAAGAGGCAAGAAAUCGAUCGUUUAGCUAAAAGUGGUAAAUUUAAAUAUGAAUACGAUUCGGAUGAAGAUGUUGAUGGUGGUACCUGGGAACAUAAACUGCGUCAGGCAGAAAUGGAGGCUACACGUAUUUGGGCUUUAGCCUUAACCAAACAAAGUGAGGGUAAACAUCAUAUUGGUGAUUUUCUACCACCAGAAGAAUUGAAAAAGUUUAUGGAACAAUAUGAGGCCAAGAAAAGUAAUCGUCAGCCUGAUUUGAGUGAUUACAAGGAGUAUAAAUUGAAAGAGGAUAAUAUUGGUUUUCAAAUGCUGCAAAAACUAGGCUGGAAGGAAGGACAAGGAUUGGGUCAAGAUGGUGCUGGUAUAGUGGAUCCGGUUAAUAAGGGUCCUCAGCGUGAGGGCAACCAAGGUUUGGGUGUACAAAAUUCUGCCACACCGGAAGAGUGUGAUAAUGAAUACGAUGCUUAUCGUAAACGCAUGAUGUUGGCCUAUCGUUUUAGGCCUAAUCCUUUGAAUAACCCCCGCAGAGCCUAUUAUUAAACUUUUCCACAACAACUUAAAACUCUUUAAAACUUUGUGUAUGUUAUUUAAAAAAAUAUAUAAACCGAUUUUUUUUAUUUAAGUAAAAGUUGAACAAAAGUAAAAAAACUACUUUUCUAAAACAACAUGAAAAAACCCCCAUUAAAACAUGAAUUAAAAUAAACAGUUUAUUGUUUAAUUACUAAAAAAA